UUCUAACUCAGUCAGCAGGACAGAAUGAUCUCCAGCCUUGUCACCCUCAACACUCUCACUGAAAUUAUGUCUGCAGGUCCUUUUGUGGCAGGGCUGAAAUGCAGUGGAAAUGGGUUUUUUAGGAUUAACUUAGUUUUCAUAGCAAAGAGGGACUUUACAAUUAACUGCAAUUCAUCUGAUCACUCUUCAUAACAUUCUGGAGUAUAUGCCAAUUGCCAUCAUAAAAACCGAGGCAGCGGACUUUGUGAAAAACAAAACUUGUGUCAUUCUCAAAACUUUUGGCCACGACUGUACAGAUGGCAGCAGCAGCCCUCGUCAUUUUAACAUGAGAAGUGAAAGCGAAUGGAAGAAACGCGGCACGUCCUAUUGGUCAAGGCGGAUGUCCGUCAGCGAAGAGCCCAGGACGCCCGAGGCAGCUGAGCAGCGGCGCGGUGAGGCGCUGUCCCGGGAACGCGAGGCCUGCGGAGAGAGCGCUCCGCUGCGCCUCUUGGAAAUGACGGCAAUCUCCUCUUCCUGGAAUUUUAAUUUGCUUCGCUCGGGAAGUUACUCGGUGUGCGUUCUUUGUUGCAGGGUGGAGGGGCAUUUAUCUGAAUUAUACGGAGCUUGCUGGUCUUUCUAAAUUUACAGCAUUCUCCAGCCCAAAUGGCAGGGCGCCCCUUGCGAUUCAACGGCCAACCUCAGCCCAGCAAACUGUGCCAGUUCAAACUGGUACUGCUGGGAGAGUCUGCAGUGGGCAAGUCCAGUUUGGUGUUGCGCUUUGUCAAAGGCCAAUUUCAGGAGUACCAGGAGAGCACCAUCGGAGCUGCAUUCCUGACUCAGUCUGUGUGCCUGGACGACACCACAGUGAAGUUUGAGAUCUGGGACACGGCUGGACAGGAACGCUACCACAGUCUGGCCCCCAUGUACUACAGAGGAGCCCAAGCGGCCGUUGUGGUGUAUGACAUCACUAAUGCAGAGACGUUUGCCCGUGCCAAGACUUGGGUGCAAGAACUUCAGAGACAAGCCAGCCCGAACAUUGUAAUGGUGCUGGCUGGGAACAAGGCCGACUUGUCCGGCAAGAGGACCGUGGAAUAUGAGGGGGCACAGGUCUAUGCAGAUGACAACAGCCUUCUGUUUAUGGAAACCUCUGCAAAGACUGGAAUGAAUGUCCGUGACCUUUUCCUCGCCAUCGCCAAGAAACUGCCAAAAAAUGAGCCUCAGAGCAGUGCAGGUGGGGCCGCGGGCCCGGGGGUUCGAGCAGGUGUUGAUCUGAACCAGCCCAGUCAGGCUGUCAAGGGCCAGUGUUGUGGGAACUGAGAAGAGCAAGCCUUUGCAGGAGAAAACGAACAGGUGGACCUCAAGUGUCUGGUUUGAUGGCGAGAGCACAUAUAACAGGAAUAAAUAUAGGCAUCUCACAACAUGCCCCCUACACCAAAGUCUUCUUUUACCUGGCAGAGCUCUGCUGCCCAGCUGGAGUGGAGCUGUCCAGGUACUCUUUGGCACAGGCAACCAGGGAGGGAUGUGAAAGGGAGGGAUGUGACAGGGAAGGCUGGGCCACAAAGCAAAGAACCCCACCCUGAGCUGUUUGGCGUUGAGGAAACUCGGCAUCACCAAGAUACACUAAAUGCUGUUGAAGCCACAUACCUUCUUGGACGUGGACUUCAAACACACUUGGUCUCUCUAUAAACAUUUGGUUGAGUGGUGAAGUCGAUAAGAAUGAUGGGAGAUAAGAACUGAAGAUGCUUACCUGAGUGGAGUGUUUCUUUAACUUGGGUCCAUCAAAGGUAGCCGUGUCCUUCAUAGGACGGCAUGCCUGCUUAAUGGGCUCCUGUCUGGGGGGGCCUUGCUUUGAAUUUCUUGCAGGAUGGACACCUGGGUGCCACUCAAAAGUGGAUGUACAGGUUCCACAAUAAUUUUGGGGCUUUAUAACAGGUGGAAAGGCUGAGUCGAUAUGCUUUACAAUUACAAUCACAUGGGAUGCCAUUGGCUAUAUGAAAACUGAGUGCUUAGUGCCUAAAUAAAUAACAUUUGUACAUUACAAGUAUAACAUGCUGGAAAAGUGCAAGUAUGGUCAAUUGAGGACAGAGUUCACAGUAAUGAGAGAUAAAGUCUUUGACAAUCCUGACUGAAGACAGACACCAAAUACAGGUUAGCGUCAUAUGGGUGUAGAUAUGACUAAUAAAAGGAAUUAACAAAGGCAGAACCUAGAUGUGUAUUUGUAUAAGCACAGUCACAGUCCUCACUUAUAGCUCCUCCUGUCAUCUGCCAGCCAAUAUUUUCUUCAUGUUAAAUGGAAAUUUAAUUUUAAUACAUUUCAGUAAAGCAAACAAAAGAAACUUAAGCAAAGGGUAAUUUUACCAUCUUAUCAAUUACACAUGGGAACAGUAGAUCUUGCCUUUGAAAAGAUCAUUAUUCAAUAAGAUGCUCAAUUCAAAAACAUUUUUUUAUUUGCUAGCACUGUAUUUAAAAAAAAUAUGUAAAAAUAAUUAAAAGCAUAACCAAAUUAUGUGUGCAUGCAGUUUAAACACUGGACUGACUUUCUGUAGACAUUUUUGAAACUAAGGCAUUGACUAUUGAAUCUAAGUGUUUGAUGUCCCAAAAAUAAGACAAAAGUAUGAUUUGUGUUUAUACUUUUAUAUAACCUGCACUUUAUAUAACCUGCUUUUCUCCAAUAAAGUUAUAUAUUUGUUCUCUAUUAA